CACCACUUCCGCGUCUAUCAAACGACGCGCUUCAAGCUCCACCACGUUUCAUACUUUAUUGGCUAUUGCUGGUUACAAUCCGCAGAAUUAGUAGCUCUAUGGCCUAACACAUUAUUGCUAUCUGCUUCGAGGAAGAUGCGGUUACGACUCAGGAUCAGCAGGCACAAACUGCCGCCUGCGAAUGUGAUCUGGACCGUCGCAGAGGCAGCUAAUGGAGUGCCAUGUAGUGUUGUGGGCUUCUUAGAACGGGUCAACGAAAUCAUUCCUCUGGUGUCUAGCAGUUGGGGACUGGAGGAUUAUGUUGUGGAGCUGGACGGCUUUGAGUGUUUACAUUUCAGGGCCGUGACGGAGGUCUUCAAAGACGAAGACACGGUAAUUAUCCGACCUUUAGAGACCUCAGAGUACCGAGCCAGACAAUUUUCUGGUCGUCAUCAGAUCUCUGUCGCUGGCGCCCAUCUGGUUGAUGGUAUUCCUUUCGGGCGACGGUACAUUCGACAACCAAGGCGUCCUGCCCUCCACAUUCCUUCGAGAAAGCACCGGCAUCUUACGCCUACUGAAAGCGAAGAACUGACGAUAUCCGAUGACGAACACGAUGUGGCCGUUAGAGGAAUGAUUGAAGAGGGUACUGUUGAUGAGACCGUGGAAAGCCAUGAGGCUGCAUCAACACUAGGAAAACGAAAGCGGCCGGAUAGCCUCAAGUCUGUCCGAUUCGAUACAGCUACUGCUCUAUUCGGAAGCGAGGAUGAUGAGGACGAAGAAGACGAUUUAGACUUCGAACUUGACUCCCCAGCCCUCACUGGGCUUUCCCAGAACUCCCAGAACUCCGAGAACGAACCAUCAUCACUUCUUUCGGAGACUGAAAGUGAUCUCAGUAGCUCAGAAUCAAGCGCUACAACGAGUUCUUCUUCAAGCUCGGACGAUUCAGACGAUUCAGACGAUUCAGACGGAUCACUUUCGAGCCUGGUUGCGAGUUUAUCCAGGCGGUCACAGGCUGUGAGAGAGAAAAUUCCCACGAACAAUGCCGCAACCCCUACCGCCACGACAUCGGCCAAAUCGAAGACGCCUCAACAAAUGGAGAAAGGUACAGUACUAAAGCAAGAGACCACGAAGAUUCCGCAGCCUGUAGCGAGCACCCAUACUCUGCCUGGAGCAGGCAAACCGGAGACUCAAUCGCGGAAUGCGCGAAAGCGAGAUAGUCGAAGAUUGCGCCAGCUCAAAGAUGAAGGUCUCAUUCACCCGGAUGCUACCAUCUCGGACAUGAAGACAGGUGGGAUUUGCAGACCACGCAAUGAGAUUGCCAAUACCGCGCAUACCACAAGUUCCAUUACACCCUCUACUACUGGCCUCGAGUCUGACCCCGAAGAGAGAUCAAAAACUGAACCCCACAAGGAUAUCGACGAAGAGAAGGAAACGGAGGGAAUGAAUGAUGUGUCUGAUGAUGUCGCUUCUGAAGCUCCCUCUGAAGAGCCGAUCGUUAAGCCACAAGAUGCGGCCAUGACUGUCGCUUUAUCGUCUAGAAAUUCCGAGUCCAGCAUAACGAAGAAGGAUAAGAAGAAAGACAAGGCUACCGAUAUGGAUGCAAUCGAAGGGGGGGCGGAAGGAGUGAAGCCACAAGAGAGCAAAUCUGCUCAAAUACCCGAAGAAGCCGCUGGAGCGGAUGGCAAAGGGAAGAAAAAGAAAAAGGACAAAAAGGAGAGGGCGAAGAAAGAGAAGUUCAAGCCCGAUUCUCAGGAGAAACCAGCCGAUCACAGUCCAACGGCUAAUGGCAGCCUUGUAGCCGAUGGCGUCUCAGUCGACGACAGUCACCUUCACGACGUUGCCGACAGCUCUGCUAUGGCCAUUUUGGAGCCGCAAAUCGUUACACGGUCCAGGAAGAGUCGAGAUGGGUCAACGCAUGACUUCGAGCUAUCUGGCUCAAAUGCCUCGAUAGUCAAUGGUGAGACACCCAUCGAGCGCACUCCUCUUGUGACCCCUCUCUCCAAAGCAGUUGAAGCUGGCAAAUCUUUUGCCGUACCAACCUCAUCAAGCCCAGAAGAGUCCGCACCCAAGCGAUCACGACUUGACAUCGCCGGAUCCCGCCGCCUCCUCUUCGGCUCCCUCGGCAUCAGAACCCCUAAAACCCCCGAAGAAGAGAAAGAAGCGCGAGCGAAGCUUGCGGCCCAGGCGCAGCGACCUGGCCUCGCCAAACUCAAGCAAAAGCUCGACGUUGAGACAGCUGCUACAACCCCAGGUGCAGAAUCCGAGCCGCCAGUGGACCCCCACUCGGACGAAUGGAAGAAGAAAAUCGACCUAGAUGCUGUAGAGUGCGUGGAUGAGGGAAUCGAGCUGUCCACCCCGCCCUACCCGUUCAGGAACCUCUGGGAUCCGCAAUAUGAGGGAUGGCACUCGCAGAGCAAGAAAUCGAAGAAACGCAAGCGAAAUACGCGGAACAGUUACGGGGACGAUCACGACGCGUAUGGCCCAGGGACUGGCCCAGGGACCGACUAUGCAGAUGAGCCCCCGGACAACUCGCUUCACUACAACGACGAUUACAAUGACGACCACAACGAAUACUACGACGACGCCGAGCCCGCACCACAUCUGCAAGGACCCGCAGCGGACCACGAAGAAACAGUCAAGGUCACCCGCGUCCGCGGCGACUUCUCCAUCCCCACGGUGCCACGACACGUCGCCAAGUAUCCCGUCCUGAAGAAAGCCCACCUCUCCCCCGGCACCAUCGUCCUCUUCAAGCAACUCGAUUGCUCUGAAGCCACGAAAUGGGCGCCCACAAUCUCCGACUAUCGCUCCGCGCGGAUCGAGGCUGUCGAAGCCGAUGGAACGGUGGUUCUCCGGCUCGCGGCGAACUACGUGCCGCGCACGACGAAGCGGUUCGUGGGUGGGAAGCGGGUGUUUAGUGGGUUUGAGGACGUGGAAGCGGAUGAGGAAGAGGAGGAGGAAGAUGAGGGGGUGAGAGAGGUGGUGUUUGAGGAGUUGUUGGAAGCGCGGUUGUUGAAGGGGGGGAGGGCGGUAGAUGAUGGGCUUGCACACCAGGGUAAUGUACAGGUGCCUGGAGCUAUGAGCGACAAGGCAGCGGUGACUGCUGAGGGCGACGAGGUUCCUAUGGAUGGCGCAGGAACAGAUGGCAUCGCGGUUACUCCGAUGCUCGAGACAGCUGCGUGAGAAACUAGACGUAGGGUUGCGGGACGCAUUAUGCUCAGGUCGUCUCGAACCCCAGAAUUCGGAAUAUUUCUACUGGUCAGGGGUGCAUUCUGACGUAGCGUACAUAGGACAAGUGUCAGAAUGCCAAUGAUACGAUAGCUGAGAGCUCUCU